AUGACAGCUUCGACAACACCUACCAAGCUACCAUCGGCAUCGACUUUCUCUCGAAAACGAUGUACCUUGAAGACAGAACCGUCAGGUUGCAGCUGUGGGACACCGCUGGCCAGGAGAGGUUCAGGUCCCUCAUACCCUCUUACAUCCGCGAUUCCACCGUCGCAGUGGUAGUCUACGAUAUCACCAACGCGAAUUCCUUCCACCAGACGUCCAAAUGGAUAGACGACGUCAGAACGGAGAGGGGCAGCGAUGUCAUCAUAAUGCUCGUAGGAAACAAGACGGACUUGUCCGACAAGCGACAGGUCAGCACCGAGGAGGGCGAGCGGAAAGCCAAGGAGCUGAACGUGAUGUUCAUCGAGACCAGCGCCAAGGCCGGCUACAACGUGAAGCAGCUGUUCAGGCGCGUGGCUGCCGCCCUGCCCGGCAUGGACUCCACGGAGAACAAGCCGCCCGAGGACAUGCAAGAGGUGGUGUUGAAGGACACGCCCAGCGAGCUCAAGGACCCCGACGGCGGUUGCGCCUGUUGAUCGGCCUGCGCCGCAUCAGCCACCUUCGUGCUUGAUCGCAUAG